AUGCAGAUCUCCAGCAUCCUCACAGCCGCAGCCGUCCUCGCUGGCCCAAUUGUGGCCCAGUCAGUCAGCAUCAUAACCACCGCCCCGGCCACUACGACAACCGACCUAACGACCGUUGUGAGCGAGCUUCCGUCCUGUGCUAUCGGUUGCCUAGAGGAGUCGGCCAAGAUCGUCAACUGCUCCGCUGCGGACCUUACUUGCCUGUGUGGAAAGUCGGUCCAGUUCGCCGCUGCAAUCGGGCCUUGCGUCCUGACCAGUGCAUGUUCGAGCAGCGACCAGAACAAGCUCAUCUCCAUCGCCGAGGGCAUAUGCAACGACGUUAGCUCGUCCAGCCCGUCCCAAAUCGCCGCCGCCUCGAGUUACGUCGCUGGGGUGGCCGCCAGCGAGACCGCAACCACAUCCAGCGACAACUUGGCUGCGCCAACAACCCCUCCUGUCGCAGGUCUGGGUCUUAUGGGUGCAGCGGUUGCUCUUGCUGCUAUGGUUUUGUAA